UUCAAAACUAAGGCUUGCCUGGGCCAGCCUGGACUGCGAUCCUUCUGUUUAGGCUUCCAGAGGAGCUGGGCUGACAGAAGUAUAAUGUCUCUGGAAGGCAGUUAUGGAAAGUGGACAAUAUCUAGCAGUGAUGAAAGUGAGGAUGAAAAACCCAAACUGGACAAGCCAUCUACGUCUUCUUUCCCCCAUGCUGAGCAGGGAGCUGAAAAGGAGCCAAAAUAUACCUGUUCUGAGGCUCGGAAAGCUGCACACAGGAGACAGAUCUCACCUGUGAAAUUCAGCAACACAGAUUCAAUUUCACCUCCAAAGAAGCAGAAAAGUGGCUCCCAGGAAGAUCUAGGCUGGUGUCUGUCCAGCAGUGAUGACGAACUGCGGCAGGAGCAGGCUGAGAGCAUGGUGGUCAAAGAGGAAAAAGACAUUGUCUUACCAGAAGCUGGUGCUGCCCAACAAGCUUCAGACCUUGGCCCUCCUGCCAGUCAUAGGCUCAAGGAGGAGGAAGAUGAGUAUGAGACGUCAGGGGAAGGUCAGGACAUUUGGGACAUGCUGGAUAAAGGGAACCCCUUCCAAUUUUACCUCACUAGAGUCUCAGGAAUUAAGCCAAAGUACAACUCCAAAGCCCUUCACAUCAAGGAUAUUUUAUCUCCUCUAUUUGGGACACUUGUUUCUUCGGCACAGUUUAACUACUGCUUUGAUGUGGACUGGCUCAUAAGACAGUAUCCACCAGAGUUCAGGAAGAAACCCAUCCUGCUUGUGCAUGGGGAUAAACGAGAAGCCAAGGCUCACUUACAUGCCCAGGCAAAGCCUUAUGAAAAUAUUUCCCUCUGCCAGGCAAAGUUGGAUAUUGCAUUUGGAACACACCACACGAAAAUGAUGCUUUUGCUCUAUAAAGAAGGCCUCCGAGUCGUCAUCCACACCUCCAACCUCAUCCGUGAAGACUGGUACCAGAAAACUCAAGGAGUAUGGCUGAGCCCCUUGUACCCACGAAUUGACCCUGGAACCCACAAAGCUGGGGAAUCAAGAACACACUUCAAAGCUGAUCUCCUCAGUUACCUGAAGGCUUAUAAUGCUCCUGCUCUCCAGGAGUGGGUAGAUACCAUCCAAGAGCACGAUCUCUCUGAAACAAAUGUUUACCUUAUUGGUUCAACCCCAGGACGCUUUCAAGGGAAUCACAAAGAUAAUUGGGGACAUUUUAGACUUAGAAAGCUCCUGAGAGAGCAUGCUUCAUCUAUACCCAAAGCUGAGUACUGGCCCAUUGUGGGUCAGUUUUCAAGCAUUGGCUCGCUGGGGGCUGAUGACUCAAAAUGGUUGUGCUCUGAGUUUAAAGAGAGCUUGGUGACACUGCGAGAGCAAAGGAAAACUGCAGGGAAAAGUGCUGCUCCUUUUCAUUUGAUCUACCCUUCUGUGGAAAACGUGCGGACCAGUUUAGAAGGAUAUCCCGCUGGGGGCUCUCUUCCCUAUGGCAUCCAGACAGCUGAAAAACAGAAUUGGCUUCAUUCUUACUUUCACAAGUGGUCAGCAGAAACAUCUGGCCGCAGCAAUGCCAUGCCACAUAUUAAGACAUAUAUGAGGCCCUCUCCAGACUUCAGUAAAAUUGCUUGGUUCCUUGUCACAAGCGCGAAUCUGUCCAAGGCUGCCUGGGGAGCCCUGGAGAAGAAUGGUGCCCAGCUGAUGAUCCGCUCCUACGAGCUUGGGGUCCUUUUCCUCCCUGCAGCGUUUGUGAGCUGCCUGGCGGUGCGGGCUAUCUACAUAGGGGGGCCGCCGAUCCAGGCGCGCCUCGGGCGGACGCCGCAAAGGCUGAAUCGCCUGCUGAUCCAGAGAGGGAUAGUUGGGCUAGUUACACACCGCUAG